CGUCAAAUCCUUUCUCUCGCCCAGGGCACUGCACCUUCUCGAGAACUCAAAAUCCGAUCCCUCCCUCAACGGCCUCCAAUUCCGCCGAAAAUGACUACUUUUCUUUGAGUCUAAGCCCAUUCGAAAACGUCCUCUGCGUUUUGGUUUUGUCAAAAUCUUUGUCUCAUACUCUCGGCCAACGGGCAAUUAAAACAGCCCUCAACACACCAUGUAAAUUGAGCAACACAAAAGCGAUGCUCAAGGCUAGUAAAGAAGUAGCUCCGGAGCAGGGAGGGGAGAGCAGGGAAGGGAAGAGUAUGAUUUGGCAAGCGAUGGAGGAGUCGCGCACUCAACGCCAACAAAGGACUGUCACCGAAUUCAGAGACCUUGGCAAGACUGUGGAAGCCGAGAAAUGGGAUGAGGAUGGCGAUAGGAGUUUGAAGGGAUUGCUUAGGAUAGCGAGGGAAAAGGGGAAGGAUAAUGUUAAAGGUGUUGGUGAUACGGGUGCUAAUGCUUUUAUGAGGAGGGUACAAGGAGUGAGUGGUUGGGACGGAGUGGGAUGGUUUGUUGAUGGGAAGACGAGGGGGGCGUUGGAGGAGGUUGAACUGCCUGGUGAUGCUGAAGGGAUGAGGGAGUGGGUUAAAACAGGGCAAGAUGAGGGGGAGAUAAAUGCAAAGGAUAAUUUGAAGAAAAGAAUCAUGCCGAACCCUGAUGACAGCUCUAACCAGCACCGCUUCUUCAGACCACAGAGCCUCGUGUACCCACAGGGACGGCAGAGGAAGGAAAGAACGGAAGGAACCAACCGCGAGACGAAACGGGACUCCCAUGAGGAUUAAAGGGAGACAGUUGGGGCAGUCCAGGAACUCGAACAAACUUGCUCGAAGCGACGAUCUCCCUCCUCAAGUAAGUUCG